CCCGCUUAUGUUAUUGAUACUUGCUGCCGGGAAGCGAAGGACUGGGUUUAUGGCUGGACAGGACAGCACGGCUUUCUGGCUGACAGACCUCGUCAAUGUACCAGUCAUAUGGGCUGCUGCACAGGGCAUGUCUCGUCUCAUGAUUCUUGAUCCUCGAUCCUCGCAUCUCCUUUUCGUCCACUCUAUCCUUACGGAGUCACUUCUACACCCUGCCAAGCAGAAGCCCACGCCUGUCCAGUCCAACUUAUCUUAUCUUCACUGCACCAGAAACAGAUAUACCAGCCAAAUACAGUAAAUCUCAUCUCGUCCCAGCCAAUCGUCGCACAGAAGUCCCUUCAUCUAUUCUUCAUCUCAUCUGUCUCUAUUCCCGUCUCACCGCCGCCCAAACCAGCCAGCGAUCAGCCGUGCGCCAUCCUCUCAUCCUCCUUCCGUGGACGUUCUGCCGUCCUCAAAUCCACCACCCGCCCUCACACUAAACCCACUACCGCAGGGCGCGCCCACACCACUGGAGCCCAGUGCACUGAGUGCAGGCCGGCUAGCCAGGCUAUCCCGCCCAAAGCGAGCGACCCCCUGAAUUUACUCUGAUUAAACUUUCUACCCAAAUUCGGAUGCGAACGCAAGACCCAAAUCUCCCCUAAUCUCUAUUUCGACCACCAGCGUUGAUUUCUCCUUAUUUCACGAGAAAAAAAUACUUGAGGCUAUUCGCUCUCUCGAUACCUCCAUUGACUGUACAUAUCCCCUUCGCAGCAUCUGCACAUGCCGAUUCACUCGUCGGCAGGCCCCUCCUUCUGAUACAAGUACACGACCUGCGCAUUAACACGCUAAAAUUAUUUCGAACGCGGCCACCAUAACCUUACAGCAGCAACACCAAGGACGAGACAAACCCGAGUGCCAGGAAGAAGGACUGUAUCGAAUGCACCACGUUCCCGGCACUACAUCUCCCUCUACUCAACUAUAAGAGAAUCUCCAGCAUAUUACCCCUCCGCAACCCAACGGCCGCCAGCCAGCCAUGCCGAGCUUCUUCUCGAGGCUGAAGGGCAAAGAUGGCCCGUCAAAAGUAAAGAAAGGCGCGCAGCAGGCCACCGCGCAGAGCGACGCACCGCCCAAACCACGGUGGGAGGACGCCUGGACGCGCACUACCGUCGAGCCGGAGGAGGUGCAGGAGCUGCUGCGAGGCUGUACGCUGGAAUUGAAAUCGCGAGGUAUGUUUACGGCUCUCUGGGUUGAGAUGGAGACGAAGUCGAUGGAUGGAUGGCUGGCUAUUUGCAGCUCCCGCUGUCAAACUCUGCAUGCUCGCAUCUGCGAUGCGAUGUGAUAUCUUUUUUCUGAACGUUGCACGGGCGGGGCUAAUGUUUGUCUCUUUCUGAUUAGCUCUCGAUACCCCAUUUCUACUCCUCCCUUUCAGACCGACGUCAGAUCCCAGCGCAGCGCGUUCGUUCGUCCGGAAUUUCUUCGAGAGGGGGCUCUAUGGAGAGAUGCUGGCACAGGAGUUACGGCUGACGGAGCCAAUGGUACGUUGCGUGGCGUGUGGUUGGAGUUCGCGGACAGGAUUGACAAGUAAAAUAGGUUUUGUGCAGUGUCGUGAAAUGGUGUUGGAGUAGAUUACCUGGGGGAGUUGUAGGGUGGGAUGCGUAUGAACUUUUUAAGGUUGGGGAAUCAGAUUCGAAUAUGGCCCGCGACUCGUUUGCGACAUUUAUACCCCUCAGUGUGGACUCCGACGCCCGAUCGAAGAUUAUCUUCGAUUUCUUCGAUCUCCUGUCCGCAAUUGCUGCGCAUGCGAAGACAAAUGGUCUUGGUGGGCGGAAAUUGUCGAGACUAGCUGGAUGGUGGGGAUUCGAACAUCAUGAUGGCGGAAAGGGAUUUGAGGGAGGAUACAGGGGAUGGGUUUCGGCUGCGGACGCUGCGAGUCAUUUGUUCUUUGCCUAUCUACGAUCACUUACACCAAGUUCCGUAAAGGGAUUGAACGGAAUUUCAACACUUCCAAUGUCUCUACAGAAGCUGGUACAGGAAACCGAAUACCCACCAGAGCGACCAUCGCUACUGCAAACGAGGACAACAAAAGUGGUUAUGAUUGUGGAUGCGGUAUCUCCGACACCAUUUGCGCUGCUCCGUAGGGCAAACCACUUUCAAUAUCGAGACGAUGAUCGAGCAUUACAGGCUUUUGCAGAGUACGAGGAUCCGGUCAAAGCUCUUACAGAUGAAUGUCGCCGAGUAUUGCGAUCGAUAUCCUCAGCAAAUCAAUCCCAAGUAUCAACAUCGAAGGACUCAACAGGUUUGACAGACGCAUCAUGGUCUCGAUUUGAGGACAUAGGAUUCUCUGGCGCAUUCGAGGAGGAAGAUGAGGACGAGGAGAGCAGUUUUGCCAAAAAGCGCCCUCAGCAAGGCCUACGAACAAAGCCACAGACGAGGACUAUGGGGGGUGGAAGACCUACAACACCAUCUUGGGCCGAUUUCCUAUCCUCUGGAUUCGUGGAUGAGGCUACUAAUAACCCAGCUCCGCUUCUGCUUCCACCCGAUAAAGUCUUACCUCCAAUCGAUACCAGAGGUCGAAGUUCUCAAUCGCAUAGACCAAGACUGGAGCAAAAUACUUUAGAGCCAGGAGAACUAGCCAGCAUUACGCGAUUUGAUUUGGAUGAUUCUUUCUGGUGGGUAUGGAUCAGCAGUUUGGCGGGCGAGGAACCAGGAGAGAGAAAAGCAGCAUUUGGAAGAUGUGCUCUGAUCGAAACCGUCAUUCGUGGUGGAAGAUGGUUGGUAAUGGAAGAAAUGGUGAAGGGAGCAGCUCCAGCUCCUGAAGAGGGUGCAUAUAUUGCCGAGAAGAAGAGCUUCUGGGGCCGAUCGAAGAAGAAUAAGGGUCUUACUCGCCGGAAAUCUACUACUGGGAAGCAGGCUCUUGACUCAACUACAAAUUUACGACCUGGACUGACCGGAAGUCAAAGUGUCGGAGUCAGUAAGACGAGUAUUGGCCUGGAUCAACAUGCUCGGAUACAAGCCGCUGCUAUUCAAUUGCAACAGAAGCAACGUCAGGAGGAGGCACAGCAAGCGACUACUCGUCGUGGACGAAAUGAUACGGAUGCUUAUUCGACUAAGACGAGUAGUGUUUUCACCCUUCAGCCGGUCAUCAUGAAUGAGGCGUCUCCGGCCAUGAAAUGGGCAAACAAGUACGACAAGGAUGCAAUUCGAGAAGCAUAUCUCGCCAAUAACAGCACCGGCCGAGGACUUGGAGAGGCAACAAUGCAGACUAAUGGCAAGAGUCAAGAUACGUUGAGACCAGCUUACCAGCAUCGCGAGAACUCAAAGGAGAGAGACCUACCUGCACUUCCAUCGCCCGGGCCUACUCAGUCGCAAACACCGCCUCCUCCACCUCUUCCACCCACUCCAGGUCUUGAUGUGGAUGAAGAAGCUCACCAAAACCUGUCUGAGAAAGCUGCUGAAGUGUCAUUACCAAGUGAUGCUCAUCCAGCAGACCGUGAUGAAGGCCCUUCCCGCAAUGUUGUCCCAACACCAGAACCUAGAGCUUCCCACGAUCAAAGCGGAUCAAGUCCUGAGAGCAAAGCUAAGCACAAUAAGCUCAAGAAGAAGGAACAGGGAGCUCCAAGUGGCGGAUUCAGAAAGAUGUUUGGUCGCAACAAGAACCGCCAAUCAACUCAGGCCCCACCACAAGUCAUCAACAACGGCAACGGUCUCCAAGCAGGAAACGCCGGUCUUGGAAGACGCUUCUCUGGAUUCCGUAAGAAGAGCCCAGCCACCUCCCCCGUCAGCGAAGCUACUCCAUCCAUGACCCAGCAAUCAAUGACCCAAUCCAUCUCCCACCGCAUCUCAGAAGACCAACACCGCACCCCCAUCGCCUCCCCAACCCAAAACUACGACCGCUCUUACGAUCCCUCCAUCCAAGACAGUCUCUCCCGCGUCGACACCAACGACGCUCACGAGGCCCGCCAAGCAUUCUCUAGCUUCGAUCAAGGACCUCUGGAGGACGUCCCGGCUUUCGUACCAGAGGAAUCUCCUCGCCAGAGCGAGGACGAUGCAGCUGUUCCACCGAACAUCUCGCGCGAGAGGGCGACUGAUGAUGCUGAAGUGACACCCGCUCAGGAUCGCUGGGCGCAGAUUAGGAAGAAUGCUGCUGAGCGGGCGGCUAUGAGACAGAGUGAGGAGCAGAGUAGGGGUGGGCAUAGUGGGAAGACGGAUGGUGAUGAUGGCGAGACGAGUGGUGAAGAGACCAUCGAAUCAAGAGUCGCGAGAAUCAAGGCCCGUGUUGCCGAGCUGACAGGCAAUAUGGAGACCGGAGGCGGAAGUCCAACUUCCAGCACUCGUCCUACCCGCAGACCUGUGAACUAAGGGCAACGCACAUCUUACCAUGAUCAUUCACCAAUCUCGACGAUCGGAAUACAACAAGACACAGCCCGUACAAUCCUAUCACCACAAUUCUGCACAUUCCCUCCUCUAUUCAACUGUACCAAUUCUUCUUCUCGGCAAAUACGGCGGGAUAAGUAAACACAACAUACGCAAUCAAUCACAUACGAGCAAAAAUUGGCCACCAUUUUCCUCACAUGACGUUGCCUACCUACCUUCCGACCUCCGACUGAUUGACCGGUUUUGCAAGUACAUACAUACACAUCCUCGAACUUCUCGCCUUAUUUGCUUGCCCUUCCUCGUUUUCGUUUUGGUUUUCGUCUUCCGCGACAUUCGAUACAUUACAUUACAUUACAAUACCUGCAACCUGCAAAUACGUACCGUACCUUGAGAUACCACGAAAGAUUGCUAGCGAUCUCUCGCCCUUGUUUUGUUUUUCCGUUUUUCGACUUUUUGACUUUGCGUCUUUUCAAAGAUUUUGUUCGCGGUUGUGAAUGUGGAUGGCUGGCUGGUUCGUUAGCUAGCUGGCUUGUUGGGCUUCUAAUUCGUGGUUUUGCCGUUUUUGUGCUGUGCUGUGCUGUGCUGUGCUUGAUCUUCUGGUUUCUUGGUUUUUUGACUUCUCUAGUUGAAAUUCAGGCUGGCUUUUUCUGAGAGAUGGGGACGGGGAAUAGGAGAGGGUGAGAUGUAGGCGGCGAGAUGAGAUGAGAUGAGAUGGAAUGAGAUGGGGUAUGAUUGUGGAGAAGUGAGAAGGGGGUGGUUGAUAGGGAGGGGAAGAUGGAAAGAGGAGAUAGACAGUGGAUGGUGAGGGUUGAUUGAUUGAUAGAUAGUUACAUGGGUUGAGAUGGGCUGAGAUGGGAUCGGAAUGGGAAUGAGAUGAUAUGGGAAUUGGGAUUGGGAAUUGGGAUUGGGAAUUGGGAUUGGGAUUGGGGAACAGAUACAUACAUACGUACAUACAGACCUCGGAAUUCGAAAUUAAUUAAUUUGAUUGUUUGUUUCUUCUAAAACUUAU